GAAAGGUGACAAUUUUGUGUCACAAGUUUCAAAUCAAAUUCUUUCAAUAUCCAAAGCGUGGUGAACUAAAUCCUACACUCUAAUCUAGUCUUGUCUAGAGAAGCUUUGUUUCUAUAAGUAGCCUAACAUUUUGCAUUUCAUUUGGUCUCUCAUUUCAAACAAGAAGAAGAAAAAUGGUAUCAUUUUCUUUGGUUCUCAUUUGGGUUUUCUUUCUUUUUUUCAUUCCAAUACAUGGUAGGCUACUUAGUUAUAAUACUAAACCUCACCAUUUGCUAGCAGUAUCUAGAAUUUCACUGCCACCUUCCCUUGCACCUGAGGCUGCUGUUAGCCCAAGUUACAAUGCAGAUUCUACUAAAAAUAAAGUCGCUACUGUUUUCAAUGUACUGUCUUUUGGUGCUGUUGGGGAUGGUGUUAGUGAUGAUACUCAAGCAUUUAAGAUGGCUUGGGACACAGCUUGCGAGGCUGAACAAGAAGAAGAAGAAGAAACCAUUGUUGUUCUUGUUCCUAGAAGCCAUAGUUUCAUGAUACAAUCUACAAUAUUCACAGGGCCUUGUAAAUCAUCAAAUCUCACUUUUAAGGUUGAGGGGACACUGAUGCCACCAGAUGGGCCUGAUUCCUGGCCAAGAAACAAAUCAAAGAGACAAUGGCUGGUUUUCUAUAGAGUCAAUGGAAUGGCACUGUUGGGUGGUGGUCUUAUAGAUGGGAGAGGACAGAAAUGGUGGGAUCUUCCUUGCAAGCCUCACAAGGGAGUCCAUGGAGGUACAGCACCUGGUCCUUGUGAUAGCCCAGUUGCUAUAAGGUUCUUCAUGAGCUCCAAUUUGACAGUAGAAGGACUAAAAGUCAAGAACAGUCCUCAGUUCCAUUUUCGAUUCGACGGUUGCCAAAACGUCCAUGUGGAAUCGCUUUCGAUAAAAUCACCUUCUCUGAGUCCCAACACUGAUGGAAUUCAUAUAGAGAACACUAACAAUGUGAGAAUACACAAUUCACUCAUAUCCAAUGGAGAUGACUGUGUAUCAAUUGGAGCUGGUUGUUACAAUGUAGACAUAAAAAACCUUACUUGUGGCCCAAGUCAUGGAAUUAGCAUUGGUAGCCUGGGCAUGCGCAAUUCGAGAGCCUGUGUUUCGAACAUUACAGUGAGCGAUUCGAUCAUCAAGCACUCGGACAAUGGAGUUCGAAUCAAAACAUGGCAAGGGGGAUCAGGGACAGUUUCUGGAGUAAAAUUCAUCAACAUUCGCAUGGACACAGUUCGAAAUCCGAUUAUUGUAGACCAGUACUAUUGUUCCACCAAGAGCUGCCUCAACCAAACUUCUGCAGUACAAGUUUCAGACAUUGUUUACUCAAACAUAAAAGGAACUUAUGACAUAAGAAGCCCUGCCAUACACUUUUCUUGCAGUGACUCAAUUCCUUGCACAAAUCUGACUCUUUCAGAAAUAGAACUUUUUCCAGCCAAAGGAGAGUUUAUGUCAAACCCAAUCUGCUGGAAUGCUUAUGGAAUUAUGCAGACACUUUCUAUACCACCAGCAUUUUGUCUCUUGGAUGGAACUCCACUAGGUAUGCAGGAUAGGGAUGUUGGCCAGUGUUGACCAUAGAUACAAAAUAGCCUGUUUCUAUAGUUGUGUUAGUGAAUUAGAAGUUUAAAUAUGUCAUUACUUAGUUAUAGUAAAAUAGCUUGAUGUUGUGUUGGUGUGUACUUGUAUUUGUAUAUCCUCAAAAUCUUGAAGAGAAGCCACUGUAUUUUGUUGUU